CUAGGAAUCCAAAGACGUAAAAAACUGACAUUUGAAAAAACAAUAAACGCCAUCUUUCUUUCGCUUCUGUCAUUUCCGAGAUCCCUGUGUGGUUUAGAAAUACAAUAUGCAGAACGACGCCGGUGAAUUCGUUGACUUGUACUGCCCGAGGAAAUGCUCGGCCAGCAACCGGCUGAUCCACGCGAAGGACCACGCGUCCGUGCAGCUGGUGAUCGCAGACGUGGACCCCGCCACGGGCCGCGCGUCUGAUGCCGCCAAGAUCUAUGUCAUCUGCGGCGCUAUACGCCGCAUGGGCGAGUCAGAUGAUUGCAUAGUCAGGCUCACAAAGAAAGAUGGCAUAUUGACUAAGAACUACUGAUGUCGUUAGGCCUGCAAGCGUUACUUUAUAAAAAAAAAAUAAAAAAAUCACAAAAUUA